GAAAAUAGCUAUGGAGUCUGUUUGUGAUGAUGAUCAAGAACGGUUCUGUGCGACUCCUAAACUGCCUCUCUUCUCGAUUCCGUUAAACAGAACAUCUUGUGAGACUCCUGGCCUAGCGACGCCUCCUGUAAACAUCGCCGGAUCAGUCCCGUUUAUAUGGGAGGAAGCUCCGGGAAAGCCACGCGUUUCCGAUGAGAACAAACCGCCUUUGUCCAAGGAGAACGCCGUGCGGUGCCUUGAGCUUCCACCGAGACUGGUUUUGCCACCAGUCGUGAAUGAUCGAUCUCCGACAACAGUUCUUGAUGGUCCUUACAACGUUUUACAACGCCGCUCACUGUCGUUGACAAGGAGAAGCGAGAAAGACACUGAGUGUAGAUUUGACUUUUCACGUUCCACGAACGGUCGCUGCUGCGAUGAGGGCGGCACAACGGUGAAGAUAAGUAGAGUUAGAAGAAAAGGAAGUCUUCUGAAUCUUUCUCAUUCCAAAUCGCAGUUCUUGGCAAGGGUUUACAAAGGGUUAAAGCAUGUGAUUCCAUGGAGGCGUAGGCAAGAUAAUCUUCCAAGGAUGAGUUCUUCCAAUAUCUAA